AUGAACACAUUUCAGGCAUCAGUGUCAUUCAAGGACGUGGCUGUGGAGCUCACCCAGGAGGAGUGGCAGCACAUGGGCCCUGCUCAGAGGACCCUGUACAGAGACGUGAUGCUGGAGAACUACAGCCACCUCGUCUCAGUGGGAUAUGGCUUUUCAAAACCAGAUGUCAUCAUCAGGUUGGAGCAAGGAAAAGACCCAUGGUUAUUAGAAGAAGAAUUACCAAACAAGAGCUUCCCAGAAGUCUGCCAACUUGAUUACCUUGUAGAGACUUGCCAGGAAAACAAAGACAAACAUUUUUGGCAAAAUUUUUUGCCCAACAGCAACACAUUGACUACAGAGCAAGAGAAACAUUCAAGAUCACUCUGUAAACUGAACAUGGACAAUUAUCCUUCAACAAAACUGCCCUAUAGAUGUGAUACCACAGUACCUACUUACAUGAGUCUCAUACCGUUAGAUCCACAGUUUAAUUCUUCAAGAAAGAGGGGUGAUGAGUUUCACAUAUGUGAGAAAUGGAUCCUCAACUUCAGGAAAAAGAGAAAUUACAUUGAAGAAAAAUCUUAUGAAUGUAAUAAAAAUGUGGAAGUUGUUAGUCAUAAGAAGGAAGCUAUUCAGUGCCAGACAAUUCAGACUUUAAAGCAGGCUUUUGGAUAUGAUGAAUAUGGAAAACCUUUCCAUAAUAACAUUCUCUUAGAGGAGAAUAAUAAUUAUGAAUUUAAUGAAUAUGAAUGUAAUGAAACUGAGAGUAAUUUUGAUGGGAUCACUCAACUUGAGAGACUGGAAAGAAGAGGGAAAAAUUUCAGCCAAAAAUCCCAUUUCAGAGAACAUCAGAGAACCUGUACAAGAAUGAAAUCCCUUGAAUAUGGAAAAAACUUUAGCAGUGAUUCAGCAGUUAUAGAGCAUCAGACAGCUCUCAUGAUGGACAGUUCCUGCAAUUAUAACACAUAUAAGGGAACCUUCAUCUCCCAGUCAGCCUUCAGUGUAUGUGAGAAAACUCAUACUAGUGCAGAACCCUUUGAUUGGAAUGAAUGUGGAAAAUCUUUUACAAAGCCAUACUCACUCCUCGAUUUGCAUCAGAGAACUCACACAGGGGAGAAACCCUACGUAUGUUUUGAAUGUGGCAAAGCUUUCAGCCAGAAAUCAGGUUUACGAAAACAUCAGGGAACACACACAGAGGAGAAACCCUAUGAAUGUAUUGAAUGUGGGAAAGCUUUCAGACAGAAAGCAGGUCUAGUGAUACAUCAAAGAAUCCAUACAGGGGAGAAACCCUAUGAGUGUAAUGAAUGUGAGAAAACAUUUACCCACAAAUCACACCUCAGAGUACAUCAGAGAACUCAUACAGGUGAAAAACCCUAUGAAUGUAAUGAAUGUGGAAAAAUUUUCAGCCAUAAUUCAAGCCUCAGAGACCAUCUGAGAAUUCACACAGGGGAGAAACCAUAUAAAUGCCAAGAAUGUGGAAAAAGUUUUGGUGAUAAGUCGACCCUCAUACUACAUCAGAGAACUCACACAGGGGAGAAGCCCUAUAAAUGUAAUGAAUGUGGGAAAGCCUUCAGCCAGAAGUCACAUCUCAAUGGACAUCAGAGAAUUCACACAGGAGAGAAACCCUAUGAAUGUAAUGCAUGUGGGAAAACUUUCAACCUGAAAUCAGGCCUAAGAAAACAUCAGAAAACUCACACAGGAGCAAAACCCUAUAAGUGUGAUGGCUGUGGAAAAUUUUUCAGCCAAAAAUCAAACCUUCGAGUUCAUCAUAGAAUACACACAGGGGAGAAACCUUACCAAUGUGAUGAAUGUGGGAAGACUUUCCGCCAGAAAUCUAACCUCCGAAGUCAUCAGAGGAUUCACACAGGAGAGAAACCCUAUCAGUGUAAUGAAUGUGGAGAAGCUUUUACGGUGACAUCAGGUCUAAGAAGUCAUCAGAGAAGUCACACAGAGAGGAAACCGUAUGACUGCAAUGACUGUGUGAAAACUUUAAAGUUCUGCAAGCAAUCAGCCCUCACCAAACAUCAGAGAAGUCACACAGAAAAGAAACUCUUGAAAAAAUAUAUAUGUGGUUUUUCAGACAGGAUUCAGUCUUCAUUGAAUAUUAGAGAAUUCAACACAACAAAGUCACACUCUGGAGAAAGUCAUAAAAAUAUGCAAAUUGUGUGCCAGAAAUGA